UCCUUGGAGAGACGCUGCGCAUUUUACGCACUCAGCGCGCCCCGAUCCUCCGUCAAGGCGAAGCCGAGGGCGGACUCCGGAGUUGGCCGAGCGCUUCGCGGUUCCGCGGCGGCUCCGAUCCGAUGGGAAAGUGUGGGAAUUAAAGGAGGAAAAAGCGGCGUUUGGAUCGAGGUUCUGAUGCUGGGUUCUGCUUCUGCACCGACUGGCUGACUGUUUUUUCUCCCAUUCCUGGCUGCCAUUUAGAGAUACAGAGACAAUAAAAAGCCUUAAGCAUAGCUUUUUUUUAAAAUUUUCACCUUCACAAGUUAAUUUCCACUAUAUAUAUAAACAUAUAUAUAUUUUUAAAUCAAAACACCACCGUCAGCUCAGCACCGUUAGCUGCCAGUAUGGAGCGCAGCAGCUGGAGUGGCAGUGAGAGUCCUAGUGAGGACAUGGACAGACUCAGUGAUUCAGGAGGGGACAAGACAAUGGACGGGGACCCUGAGGGGGUCUGGAGCCCAGACAUUGAGCAGAGCUUCCAGGAGGCCCUUGCUAUAUAUCCGCCCUGUGGGAGGAGGAAGAUUAUACUGUCAGAUGAAGGGAAGAUGUACGGGCGAAACGAGCUGAUAGCCAGAUACAUCAAACUCCGAACAGGCAAGACGCGGACAAGGAAACAGGUAUCCAGUCACAUCCAGGUCUUGGCCAGAAGAAAAUCCAGGGAAUUUCAGUCCAAACUAAAGGACCAGAAUGCCAAGGAGAAAGCUCUGCAAAGCAUCUCGUCCAUGUCCUCGGCUCAGAUCGUCUCAGCCACCGCCAUACACAGCAAGCUGCUGCCUGGAAUAGUGCGAGCCAGCUUCCCCGGCAACGCUCAGCUGUGGCAAGGGAUGAUUCCAGGAGGGCAGUCCAGCUCCACCACAGAAGACAUCAAGCCGUUCUCCCAGCAGGCCUACCCUGUGCAGACAGCAGGGACCACCACAAUCGCAGCCUACGAGCCUGCUGCAGCAGCUCAAACACACAGAGAGCCAGCAUGGCAGGGGCGAUCCAUCGGCACCACCAAACUACGACUGCUGGAGUUUUCAUCUUUCUUAGAGACACAGAGGGAUCAGGAAGCCUACAACAAGCACCUGUUUGUGCACAUCAGCCAGAGCAACCCGAGCUACAGCGACCCGCUGCUGGAGUGUGUGGACAUCAGGCAAAUCUACGACAAGUUCCCCGAGAAGAAGGGAGGUCUUAAGGAGCUUUUCAGCAAGGGCCCACAGAACGCAUUCUACCUGAUCAAGUUCUGGGCGGAUCUCAAUUACAGCGUUCCGGAAGACUCCGUGGCUUUCUACGGUGUGACCAGCCAGUACGAGAGUUCAGAGAGCAUAUCCAUCAGCUGCUCCACAAAGGUCUGCUCCUUCGGCAAGCAGGUGGUCGAGAAAGUGGAAACGGAGUAUGCCACGUUUGAAAAUGGACGGUUCGUCUACAGAAUCAGUCGCUCUCCCAUGUGUGAAUACAUGAUCAACUUCAUCCACAAGCUGAAGCACCUGCCAGAGAAAUACAUGAUGAACAGCGUGCUAGAGAACUUCACAAUUCUGCUGGUGGUGAGCAACAGAGAAACCCGGGAGACCUUGCUGUGCAUGGCGUGUGUGUUUGAGGUGUCGAACAACGACCACGGAGCGCAGCACCAUAUCUAUCGACUAGUCAAGGAAUAACACCCUCCACCUCGUUAACACAUGCACAUCUAUGGCCUUCGCUUGGUGAUUAUUCUCGGUGACACUCAAGGGAGAAAUAUAGAUCCCUUAAAAAAAAAACUACCAAAAUUUCAGUUCACCAAAAAAAGAGAGAAAAAAGUAAUCAGUCAAGGAUAAAAAUGGCUACAUUUUCACUGCCACUUUAUAAACCACCAACGAAGGCAGUGACAGUGUAGCCAUGACACCCUGUGAGAAUCAACACGGUUGGUUUUUCCCAAGAACUCCCUGGGAUGAGGAGCAGCCGUCAUCUCUCCCACUAAUUAAGUUUUCUGAGUACAUCAGAACUUUACAGCUGUGAACAUGAGAAUAUGAGUGGGAUUCGUGUUAAGAGCCUUUGGGAAAAGCUAGAGAAAGAAAAAAAAAAAACAAUUUUCGCCCCCUGGUGGAGAAAAAUCCCUCCUCAGCCAAGACGUACCGAAGGUCAGACCCUGUGUAUCAUCAAUAGCCUGUUGGAGAAAAGGACAUAUCUGCAUUAUGGUAUAGUAGACUAGAGAUCUGGAUGUGUACAGAUAGACUCUGUGGGUUGUUCCAGUGGAGCUCUUGCACAAAUGAAGAGGUUUGUCCCAAAGAAAAAGAAUGAAGUUUUUACCUUUUUGUAUGUUUUCCUUAAAACACACACACACAAAAUAUUUUCAACUUUGGGAUUUUGUUUAUUGAUUGUAGCAUAUAGAUUAUACUUCAAUUCCCUGAUUGUUAUCUAAAAUUUAUAAAAGCAUAACGGGGAGAAAACAAGAAGAAAUUCAGGUACCUUUUUGUGCAGCAGGUGACUCUUUCUUCAUCAAGCCCUUUAGAUUUUAAUCCAGGUCUAACUGAAUCCAGCACAGAAAGUCCGAGACAAAGGAUUAUAAACGUGAUCUAACUCACCAAGAUCAUAGUUUUAAACAUAUUGUUCAGAUUUCUUGGAGAAUCACUGUGAUUGUUUUUUUGUCUUUUUACUACAUACUUUGUCCAGCUGUUAGAUAGGCUUUAGUUUAACUCUCAUUUUAACAUAUGCUCCUUAUUUUAGUAUUUGUACCAGCAAAGUGGAGCCUUAAUGUCCAUACCGCCAAAACCUGAGAUACUUCUCCACCCACAUUACCAGUGAACUGACCGCCCUGACUCGAAGCCUUAGAACCUCCUACAUCAGGAUUAUAGAUCACACCCUUUCCUUCUUUUAUGAAUCCGAAACCAAAAAACGCUGAUGAUGGUGAUGAUGAUGAUGAUGGAGUAUACUGUAGCAGGUGUGGUCCGACGGCUCGUCUGCGUCAUGCUCAGCAGCGUGAAGUGCCUUUGGCUGGAGACGGCAGUAGACUUUUCUGUUCUGAUUCACUGAUGGUUCCAUGUUUUAGAGGAAGCUCUGUAGAUGUAAAUUAACUGUAAGUUUGGACCUUCGUUUUCCUGGCGGCCACACAGCCACCAGAAAAACGAAUAUCCAAAGUCCGAUAUUUAAUGUAUUUUUUUUUUCUUUUUUUUUAAUGGCAGUCAGCACUGGAUCCUGCUGGAUGAUCAGUGUAAUUUCACAAUACCAGUGGAAUACGUUCUUAUUCUUUUGGUAUUUAAUGGCAGUGUUUGCUUGUAUUUGUUUUUGUGCUUCACAUGUGACUGCUUCAUGUGAGAAGAGUUUGCACACUCACUGUAGUCUGGUGCCUCAUUCGAAUGAAAUUUCUUUUCAGGAGAAAAAUAGUUAAACAGAGGCCAAUUCGAACAUGAAUCUUUACUGUUGGAUUUUUUUGUUCAUUUAUCUACAGUGGUCUAUUCAAGCACUGGGCCAGUGUCAUAACCUCUAGGAAAAAUACCAGUUUCACUAUAUUAAAUUUAAAAUUAUUUUUUUGUUUUAUUCAAAACUAAAAGAGCAACAAUUAUUCCCUAAGCAGCUGGAUUACAGUAACAUCCAGUGGAUCUCAAAUGUGUACACAUCCCUAUUAAAAAAAAGAAACAUAUUUUUAUAGCAAUUUCUUAAGAUAAUUUGACAAUUCAACUGAAAAUAUAACUGAUCUGUUAGACAAAAUAUAAAAACACAUUAACCCUGAUGCAUACGUUUGCACACCCUAAACUCCAACAUUGUUAGGGUGAAAUAAACUUCAGCAUUUGGUUUUCUUUGAGUCCCACAUAAUAACUUCAGAAUAUCUGCCCACUCCUCUGUGCAUAAGACUGAUUUAUCUUUUAACUCUAGCUGGCAUUUUCAACACUUUUCUUAUGGUGAAAAGUGACAGUCAUUUUCAUAUAGCGAAUGUUGAGCAUAAACUGAUGGGUUUGCAAAAAUCCAAGUCCAAUCUGAAGACAACCAAUCCCUUAACAUUUUAUGGCCAAUAUCAUGUUUCAUUAUAAUUAAUGUGUGAUUUGGUAAUUGUUAUUUCUGUGAUGCCUGUAUUUGUUUGAUCAUUCUCCUUUUAACUGAACUUGGACUACUUUGGACUACAGAUCUUCUGUCCAGUAUCCUGCUUUGUAGUACAAACCUAAUGUCCAAUUCAGAUGAUCAUUGAUGUCUUGUAAUGGUUUUGUUUUCCCAUGUUAUUGAAUUGUAUUGAAGGUAUGAGUCAUACCUUCAUCCAAUGACAGAAAUGUGAUCAAUUGUAGCCUCUCCACAAACUAUGGCUUUAGCUAAAAAAUAGAGAUGCCAGGAAAUCCCAAAGUGAAGGGGGACUGAAUACUGGAACUGAAUCAAAAAGGUCACACAAGUCUGCAGAGCAUAAUUUUGUAACCAUUUGUUUUUGCAUUUUUUUCACAUCUUUUUGGCGAGCUCUGUUUUUAAUUUUAUCUGCACAGAAUAAAUGCCAGAUUAGAUCAGGAAAAGGUUUUUGAAAGGAUUUAUCAAUUCCUUUAACGUCUCAAAAUGCCUUUAGUUGCAUCUUUGAAAACCCUUUUGUUGUGCAGCAACAAGUUAAUACUCACCGUUAUGCUUCACUCAGCAUCGGAUCACCUUUGCUCUCUUUCUGGCAUCUCAUUAAAGAUUUAAAAUCUAAAAAUUGUAUGAUGGAAUAUUUUUUGCGUUUUGUUUUAAUGAACAAUUUAAAAUAUUUGUUCGUUAAAACACAGCAAAACAACCCAUACCUGCUCAGUUCAGGGCACUUUCAAAGAUUUAACACGUCAUAGUUGGGCACAAACACUAAGCUACAGCCAUUCUGUGCAUCAUAAAAAUGCCAGAUCAUGGCCAGAUUAUGGCCGGAUUCUUUAAAAUGUGCAAAAAAUGUAGUUCAAAUUAAAACACGAGGCUCUCAAAACUAAAGCUAAAAAGAUAAUGAAAUAAAUAAAACAUCCAGUGGCAACAGAGUAAAUUAUGUCCCACCAAAAGGAACAACUGCUCAGAGAACCAAAACCUUUUUACACAGCAAAAAAGAAAACAUUUUAAAAAAUGCUAAAUAUAAAAUAAAGAUUUGAUCAACCAAAUUAUUUUAUAGGUUAUGGUAAAAUAAAUAAAUAAAAAUGUUAUAAAAAUAAAAAAAGGGCAUCAGGCAGAAACUUUGAGCCCAAUCCCUUGAUGAACCAUUGCCAAAUUUGUCCAUAGCAAUAUAAGAUGGAGUUUCUCUUUUCAUGCUGCUUUGGGAAAAGAAAGUAUGUUCAGAAGCGCAGGAAACGUAGGUUUUAAUCUCCACCGUGCACUUAUAACACACUUUAACUAUAAUUUAGCUAAAUUUUCAUUCACAAACAUCCUGCAAGGGAAUAAUUCUAUACACUUGAUAUAUUAUUUGCUUAUUUUAUAGGAACCAACUCCCAUCAUAGCUGCAUAUUAACUAAUAGAGACAUUCAUCUGAUACCAUGAGUUAUCUCACGACAUGCAAGCGGUAACAUUUUCCUGAGGUAUCUGAAUAGUUUCAGUGGAAGCUGCGUCAGUCACUCACGAGUAUUAAAAUUCCUCACAAACUUAGAAUUUUAUUUUUUUUUUACCAAUUUGAAAACAUUUCCACCAAGCAAAUGCUGAACUACCAAAAUUUGAAGACGACAAUAGAUGCAAUGUAAAAAUGGGUACCAGAAGAGUGUAAAUGUUUUUUAAAAAAGAAAACCCUCCAGGAGUUAUGUGGUUGUUUCCAGCUGUGGUGGUCAGAAGUGGCCAGGAGAUGCAAUGCUAUGCAGCACAGACCUCAAAGCUGAAAUAAUUAUUUGCAAUGACAUCUGAAAGACAGCCAGUCUGACCUUUCUUUCUUUAUUGUUUUUAAAUUUGUCUCUGUUAACCCUAAGACCUCUUUUUUUUCAACCCUCACUGAGUUUUGUCCCAUGCUGCAGUAAUUUGUUUGCAGACAGGCUAAAAGAGUCUUUCUAUUCCGGAAUCAACAUGCAACACGUGAGUGUUAACCUAGCAGGCGGCCUCGAAGCCGCUGAUGCUGUUUGGACAUAGUCUACCACCUGCUUACCAAAGACGGUCGUGAUGUGGGACAAAACACAGCAGACUAGUAAAGUCGCGGGAGCCGCAUGAGGCUAGAAGCUGCUUAUCUCAAAAGAAAUGAACCUGGACUAGUCCUAACAUCUCAGUUAUGGAGGAUGUGCAGGAAACAGGCCUCUCUAAACAGUGACUUCUUAAAAGAGGCCUGUUAGCAGUCACUCAGCUGUUCACUGUUGAUUACCUACCAAUCAUAACGGCACCAGAGGCUGACUCGGUGUGUAUACUCCAUGCCAGAAGGUUUCAGUGGAGUUUCAAGUCAUUGUUGUCCGUGUGCUUAAUGUCGUCUCGUGUGUGUGUGUAAGUGGGGCAUUUAUCUCCUAUCCUGAACCAUGUGUGGCACAGAAAUCCCUGUCUGUAAAUCAGCUCCAAAAUGGCCUUGAAACUUUUCUCUCUGGUGGCCGUGCAGCGCGGCUGUCCGUUCACCGAGGGUUUCCAGAAGGUGCUUUGUAUGAAAGUGACAAUAACCUUUAUUACAGAUGUUGUGUAUAUCUUUGAUAUUCCGAUGUUUAUCCUAUUUUGUGAAGAAGAGAGAACAUUUAGAAAAAAAAAAUCCAGAAACUAGUUAUAUGUGUGUAUGUAUUGGUAUUGCACAGGGUCUGAUCUUUGCUUUGUAACUUUUAUCCCCUUCAUAUGGCUAAAAGUAUGUUAGAUAUUUUCUAGCUUUGUAGAGACUUUGUACGCAUAUGCUAUUCAGUUUAAAUAAAUUGUCAGUUCUAAACUGUGA